AUGCUAAAGUGCUUACUUGCCGAGUUCAUGACACAAUUCUUGAUCAUAGUAUCCAAGUCCAUUGAAGAGAACUUUGUUACUUUCGUUGGUGUCCCCAGCUUAACUAUUGGGACACAAAGCAAAGUACGUCGGCUCUCAAUGCAAGUUGAAGGGGAAGGAAACUCUAUCGUGCCGCUGAGCCUUACAUUAUAUCAUGUCCGAUCACUCAAUGUGUUUGGGGUUGCAGUGGAAAUCCCUUCAAUGAUGGAGUUCAGACAUUUGCGUAUUAUGGACUUUGGUGGAUGCCACCAAUUGGAAAACCACCAUCUUGCAAAUGUAGGGAGGCUGUUUCAGCUAAGGUACCUCAACAUUAGAAGGACAAAGGUAAGCGAGCUCCCAGAAGAAAUCGGAUGUCUACGGUGCCUAGAGAUGUUGGACAUAAGGUCCACCAAGGUAAAAGAUUUACCAGCAUGUAUUGUCAAUCUUCAAAAAUUAGCACAUUUACUUGUUAACCAAGGUGUUAGAUUUCCGGUUGGAAUUACAAAGAUGCAAGCACUCGAGACGUUGAAAUGGUGUGCCUGGCAGUCAUAUAUCUUCUGGCAAGAGCUUGGACAGCUUAAGAAUCUAAGAAAGCUGGACCUUAAUCAUGAUGGUGCGCAAGAACACAAAGAAGUUAUUGCUUCUUCUCUCCAUAAUCUAUGCACACAGAAUCUUUGUUCUCUAACUAUUUGGAAUGAUAAUGACAGCAUCUUACUGAAUACAUUGUGCACUUCUCCGUCGCUUAACAUCCAGAAACUUUCUACCCGGUCUUGUGUCCUUCCAAAGGUUCCGGAUUGGGUAGGAUAUCUUGUCAACCUGCAGAAGUUACGGUUGCAAGUGAAGAGAAUCCGGCAUGAAGAUCUCUGCAUUCUUGGAGCAUUACCCAGUCUGCUCAUUUUGUGUCUCGAAAACAAGGAGAAUGGGGAGAAUGAAUCUUUAGAUAGAAGGCUGGCAGUCAGUCGUGAAGCUGGAUUCCGAUGCCUGAGAGUGUUUACUUAUUUCGUGGAGGGAGACAGGAUGGAUCUCAUCUUUGCAUCAAGAUGUAUGCCCAAGUUAGAAAAACUGAAGACUGUCUUUCUCGGCAGUUUUACAGAUGAGUCUCACAGGAGUGCUGGUGCUUUGUAUUUCGGGAUUGAAAACCUCCCUGGCCUCCGUACUUACAAAUUUGCCAUACGUUGCUUUGGUACGAAAAGGAGCAAUGCUGACGCUGUAAAGGCUUCCGUGGAGAGAUUAGUCAGCACGCAUCCCAACAACCGCCUUAAUCUGAUCUUUGAGCAUGGCCCUGUUCAGUCAUGA